AUGGAAAACGACCGCUGGUAUCAUGGCUUCCGGAGAGGCCUCUACAUGUACCCGUGCGACGAGCCCGAGAACGACCGCAUGGACAUCUACCACCAAUUCUUUGCCGUCGCACGGAGAGGGCAGCUGCACCAGGCGCCGCACGCAGAUGUGAAGCUCCCCGAGGCCGUUCGCAAGUGUUAUGUAGAGCAAGUACGGGUUCAGAAUCCGACUGUGCCGCCCGAGCCUCAAGUUGGCAAGAAGCGGAAGGCUGAGAAAGAGCCUGAGCCGAACAAGAAAGCCAUGCCGAACCUCUUUGUGAUGUUCCUGAGAAAAGGACUUGCCCUCCUCAGCCUCGAAUCAAUAUGUACAAAGACGAGGAGGGCAAGUUCAACGGCAAAGUCGUGCGAAGAGCUGCAUCGCGAGUCGGUCCUCGUCAAGCCCGUCAACAAAAGCACACUCCAACAAGAAGUUCGAUACCAGAAGAGAACUCGAGGUGGCGAGUCGCCAUACCGGAAACGGCCACGGUAUGGGUGGCGGACAUAUGCGCGGAGGCACCGGCGCUGUUCCCUUCGGGGCUGGAGACUGGAAGUGCGGAGAGAAUGGCUGUGGAUACCACAAGACCACCCCGACGUCUUGACCAAGCCGAUGGACGCUCGCGCCGAUGUUCGCGCUUUCUUGUCAGAGCGAAGCAAGGACGCAGAGAAGUUUGUGGCCUGGAAAUUCGGCGGCCAGAGAUACGACGGACGCGAUCAAGUGCUUCUGCUUGCCGAGGACAAGCCGCGCUUCAAGAAGUCUGGCCGUGGCGAUAUUCCUGACAGCGAUUCAGAGUAA